AUGUACUGGCCCGGAGAUGCAAUUGCCAACAACCAAGUAACCCAAACGAAUGUUUAUUCCUGUCACCGUAGUGAAGCAGCCACACCAUUUGCUACUUCCUACAGAAUAUCCCAUCUACUGAAACGCCUUCCAACAUGUCUCAACCAAGUGAUAUCCAAUCUGACGAAAUCGGUGAACAGUGUUGUGGAUUUGUACUGAACACUGCAACUUCACUCGUUUAUUUGAGAACAAACAUUGUUCAUUAUAUUUACAUAAUUCUUCCGUCAUUUGUGCACAUUGUAAAUUAAUCACCACUCACUAUUGUCCUCAUAUUGUUAACAUCUGUUCUUUUUUCAGUGGGAAUUGUGUAGUGCUUUCAUCAGAAUUACUUGUGUUUGUUGAUUAUGUCUUAUAUGGGUUGUUAGUAAUAAAUUCCUUCUACAUAAUCAAUAAAUGAUAAUACUAUGAAUGAUUAUUCUCUUGUGUUGACGAUGCAAGAAGCUUUAGUAUGGAC